AUGAAUAGACAUCUACAUUCCCCCACGGUUUUGACGGAAUUUGCCCGCACGUUCGAGGAAGAACAAGAAACUAUAUUUUCGAAGCUAGUAAAUAGGCUCACAAAUAACACCCGGCCGAGUAAUGAGUCACCACUUCAAGGGGUGGUAUUGCAUGAGGAACCUUCCGGAGGCGAUAGUGAGGCGUAUAAUAGAGAUGCCCGGGAAGUGCAAACAGAGGUUAAACAGCCCAGAGCAAUGGCAAGUGGAAAUCCCUCGACCAGUAGUUCUUAUACUGAUGUUACAAAUGCUUCAUCUGUGGUUCAACCUAAUGCUGGCGAACGGACCACUUCUAGCGUUCUUCGUCGUUUAAGCAGCUUAGUAUCGCAAAAGCCAAGUACUAAAAGAAGCUACAAAAAUACCGAUCUUCACAAAUUCUGGAUGCCCGAUUCUACCUCCAUCGAGUGCUACGAUUGUUCAGUAAAAUUUUCAACAUUUCGCCGGAAACACCAUUGUCGUCUGUGUGGUCAAAUUUUUUGCACGAAAUGCUGCAAUCAGGUGGUAACAGGAAAGAUAAUUAACUGUUCGGAUGAUUUGCGCGUGUGUAAUUACUGUUCGAAGGUGGUCCUAACGUAUCUGAAAUCGUCUAGUAUUGAUGCCGACUUAAAGCCCGACUUGAAAGCUUUGCAGGAUGAUUUGGCUCAAAAGCUUUCAACCCUGCAACCGCCGGGAGGCGUAGGAACAGAUCCUAGUGGCAUUGGUGCAUCGGGUGGAAGAAAUCGAAGAAAAAUAUCCGUUGGUUAUCAGGAGGAACGGUUUGCGGCUAGUGCUGGAUCAGGCAUUUCUUCUGCCGAUCGUAAAUCCAUUCUGCAGCAGUCGAAUUCCUUGAAAACGCUGUACGAUGAAAUGUGCCGUUCAUUGCCACUGUACAACCGAGGGCAUGAGCUUAUCGAUUUCCUGUUCAGCAGACAAAAGUCAUCGAACAAUAUGCAAGCGAUCGCCAUACUAAAUGCGAUGAUCGAUGCGGGAUUUUUGAUAGCGAUAUGUGAAGUGAAGAACGAAACUAUCGGCGACGAAGACACGAACAUUACACAUGAGAAAGUGUUACAGUAUCAAAAGCAACAGCAACAGUUGAGUCGCGACGGUAGCGGUGGAUCGGUAGAAGAUGAAGAUGAUAACACCACAGCAACGAUCGAGUUUAGCGAGGAGACGGUGUACAAGCUGGCUGUUCUUCAAGAUCGCCAAGGGCAAGGAACGGGAGGAACGGGAAGUGGAACAGAAGGAGCCUAUCAUUUGGAGUUGAAUUUUAAAUCCAGCUCAGUGCUAAUGCGCUCCGGAAACGAUGAUCAAUCGUCCGCUGACAGUGAGGAUGGAGCUGGAAGCGGAAUAGUUGGUAGCACUACGUUGAGCAGCAUACUGCUUAAGGAUUCCGUAAUGGACAGUUCGUAUUUAAUAUCGACAGGGGCUAAGGCAUUGCUGAAAGCAUUCUGCGAACACGAAGAGCUGCUUGUGAAUCAACUAUUACGAGCACAGAACCUCGAUCCUUCCUGGAGUAAAACGCUUAUUCCGAUUGUAGCUCGAGUGGCGAAUACUCUGCGCCUCGAUGAGGCUUACGGCACGGACGCUAUGGAUAUUCGGAACUACGUCUAUUUUAAAAAAGUUCCAGGUGGAGAUCGCAGCGAAACGCAGAUACAGGGUGGUGUAGUUUUCUCCAAGAAUGUAGCCCACAAGGAAAUGUCACAAAAGGUGGAUAAACCUAAGAUAUUGCUGCUACAGUGCGCCAUUGCAUACCAGCGCGUGGAAGGAAAGUUUGUCAGUUUCGAUACGCUGAUGCUCCAGGAACGGGAUUAUCUGCGUAACAAGGUGUCCAAAAUUAUUAGCCUUGGACCGAAUAUAGUUCUCGUGCAUAAGAAUGUGGCAGGCAUAGCGCAAGACAUGCUGCGAAACAACGGUAUAACUCUAGUGCUGGACGUGAAACUUUGCGUACUAGAGCGUAUAGCGCGAUUCCUGGAUUGUGAUAUUAUAAGCUGCAUUGACUCUAACGUUGGACAGCCAAAGCUGGGCGUUUGCGAUCGUUUCAGAAUACAAACAUUUUACGACGAUCAAGGUUCUUCUAAAACAUUGAUGUGCCUAGAAAAGCAGCAUAGUCCACGAGGAUGUUCCGUUCUUUUACGAGGAGCCAAGCGAAGUGAACUAGCGAAAAUAAAAAAGAUUGCAUCGCUUCUGCUGCUCGCGCGUCAUAACUGGCGCUUUGAACUUUCAUAUCUUUGCGAUGUGUACGCAAUGCCGCCGACGCCACGAGCAAGCAUAUUCGAUUCAAAAGAAUCUACACCUUUGGAUCCACAGCCGCAAACGGGAUUGAUCAAGUGUCUUGAAGAUGCUACACAAACGCCGAAGGAAACUCAGGUCUCCUUCAAUGAGAAAACUGUGCAAAAGGAGCAAACGACAAAAAUCUUACGUAUGACGGCAGAGAGCUCUGCGAAUCGAGAGAAUGUUGGAGACUGGACGGAUCCUCUGCGAUCGGGAGCAUUGGGCCCAUCGGAGGACGGUGGCGGACAGUACGGUGAUGAAGAUGAUACAUCGUUUGAGCUAGCAGCAGAAACACCGAACGAUAACAGAUUUCGGUCUGCACUCAGCUCCACGAUUUUGUCCAUCAGUCCAUUUGUCGCAUUUCCACUUCCAUACCUUGAGACGGACAGUGGUCGCAAAUGUGCCCUUCGAGUUUACUUCCCCGAAGAACUUUACUUCUCGAAACAGUGGAGUAACGAAGGAACAUUAGGUCUGACGGGAGACAAAAAUCCUGCACCACUGACAGACAAUUCAGGGACAGGAACCGGCGCCCCAACGGAAGAGGAAGAAAAGCAACUGUUACCGGUGCAUCCGUUUGUCACGCAUAAAAUAACAACCUCUGUGGAAAGCAAGGAGAUGCAAACGAUACUCGCCAGCUUCCGUGCCUGUGGUGGACGUUAUCCAAAAAUUUCAAUGAUGAAAAGAACAUCAUCUCGCAAACGGCGCCUCACAACACUAGCCCAACGAUCACUGGAGGAAUUCGUGUAUCGUGAUGCAUUGGAUAUUGAAAAUCACCAACGAUUGCCGGUGUUGUUUUGUAGCUUCAACUACAAUGAAAACGUUCCCUCCACGUUCUGUGCACAGCCUUCCUAUUUGGAUAUGCAAUUCUAUGGACAAAAUGACAUCAUGCUUGGACUGUUCCUCGAGCACUACUGCUUCCGAAGUUCGUACAUUUGCAAAUCGUGCAACCUUCCCAUGAUGGAUCAUGUUCGCCGCUACGUCCAUUCUGGCGGUUGUAUUCAGGUGAAGCUGGUCGAAGAUGUGACCAAGAUGGACACCGGUACAAUACUGAUAUCCUCCAAGUGUACAAUCUGCAAUGAAUACUCUAAACCGGUACCAAUGUCCCAAGAUACUUGGUGCUAUUCGUUUGCCAAAUUCCUUGAACUUCGUUUCCAUGGGCACGCGUAUAAGAAACGUAAUUGCGAAGGAAUUACGGACCAGCCGGACAGUAGCGAUGGAGGGAUGGUGUGUCGGCAUUCGUUGCAUCGCGACUUUGAGCAAAACUUUUCCUAUAAAGGCAUCGUGGCCAGCUUCCGUUACACGGCGAUCGAUGUGUGGGAAAUAGUACUACCGGCUAUGUCUAUCUCGAUGGUAAUAUCUGCUAUCGGUGGCAACCAACGCAUCAUUACCGAUCAGCGCACGGAUGAAAUGAAAACUCUUGCGGUUAUGGGGUAUGACGUGUUUGUAAAAAUUUUGGAAAAGCUUGCUGAACUAUCCGUCGACACGGACACAUUCGGAAAGCUUAAAAAGAAGGCCAAUCAGGACCAGGUAGCUUUCAAGCAGCGUAUUGAAAAGGUGCAGAAACUACUUACUGAGGAUGUACUUUCGAUUGAGCUAAUCGACGAUGCAAUCGUAACGUUGAAGCACACGCUAGCGGAAGCAAUAGAGGAGUGGGAGCCAAAGUUGCACGAUAUAAUUAUCCAGGCAAAGAAUGCGCAGACUUCAAAGCCUGCAACGGUAGUGGACACUGGUAGUAACAACACAGGAGCAACGAUCGACAGUGGAACGAUCGCUACUGAAGAGCUGGAUCUGUCUCAUUCUAACGAGUUUCAGUCGGCUUUAGAAUCUUCCACCGAAUCGGUGCAACCGGAAGCGAUUGAAAGCACUCCGCCUGGUGUCGAACAUCGUGGUAAACUCGAACAUGAUACUGUUGCUGCGGAUCCAGAGGAAGACAAAGUAAUGAGCAGCACAAGCGAGGAAAAGCAACCGAUCAGGGAGAGCUUAAAUGAAAAGAAAACGGUCAAAACUAUACUGAGCCAACUGCUGUCGACGAAUGAUUACUCGCACAUUUUAAGCUCUCCACUACCAUCGUAUGAACAUCAUUGUCUGAAGGCUGGCCUUUUCCCCAUUGUUGUGAGCGAGCAAGAUCUAGGUUCUUGCAUUGCUUACAGUCUGAUGUCGCAGGAGUAUCGUAAAAUGCUUGACAGUAUGAAUAGUGGAGGUAGUGGCGGUAUUAUUACGAUAGGAGCCGUAGAGAACAGCCCAAACAUGAAGCGUAAAUCAACUUCGGUGAGCUCAAAUACCGAUGGCGAUGACUCACCUGCUACAGUACAUGCUAAAAAUGAGCAAGAUAAAAAGCAUAAAAAUGCGGCUCAUAGCGAAAUUCAUUUUCAGGACGCGAACUGUAACUUUGUGUGUCGAAUCUACUUUGCAAAAGAAUUCGAUAUGCUGCGAUGCCAGAUACUAAAACAUCCUCCUGCAACGGGAACGACACAUCGUGCUUCUGGUUUGGCUGGAAAUGCAGGUUGCGUAAAUAGUACGGGAACGCCUUGUGCUAGUGGUGGAAACGGAAGCAAUACAACCGGUUCAGACUCGAUCGAAUCGUCCCAAGACACAAUGGAAGUGGUGCGAAAAAUGUUUGCACGAUCACUGAGCAAAAGCGUCCGGUGGGAGGCCCGUGGUGGAAAGAGUGGCUCGAAGUUCAGCAAAACAGUCGACGAUCGCUUUGUGUUGAAAGAGAUGUCACGCACGGAUUUAACAAUAUUCGAAAAUUUCGCCCCGAACUAUUUCGAGUACCUGCAACGGUGCAUGAAGCUGAAACACAUCACGCUACUAGCAAAAAUUUUUGGCGUGUUCAAAAUUACAAUCAAACGCAAAGACAACACCACUGUAGAAAGCGCCGUGCUGGUUAUGGAGAAUCUGUUCUGUGGCAAAGAAAUUAACGAAAAGUAUGACUUGAAAGGAUCGGAUCGUAAUCGUCUUGUCGAUCCCAAUCGACAAACUGGCGCAGAACGGGUGUUAAUGGAUGAAAACUUCAUUCAAAUGUCCUGGACAAAUCCGCUGUACAUUUUGUCUCACAGCAAAACCGUACUGAAAGAAGCAAUUACCCGAGACGCCUGCUUUUUAGAACGCAACGAAGUGAUGGACUACUCCUUGUUGGUCGGAUUGGAAAGUACCGAAAAGAAUCUCGUUAUCGGAAUAAUCGAUUACAUUCGAACGUACACCUUGGAUAAAAAAAUUGAAUCGGUGAUCAAACAGUCUGGACUUAUGGGCGGGCAUGGAAAAUUACCUACCGUCGUUUCUCCUAAGAUGUACAAAAAUCGUUUCAUUGUUGCAAUGGAAAGAUACUUUUUAUGCGUGCCGGAUCGUUGGGAAGGAUUGGGAAAGAAAUAAAUGUAGGUACUCCACAUAAA